AACAAGUAAAAGUAUUUUUCUCUCGUCUGUCAGUGGAAUAGUUGACCGCUAGGUAUUUGGACGUGUUUUGUGUGAGAUGGAUUUGGGAGAAUGGAAACAGCUGUUCGAUGUUUUCGUUGCUGAUUGAGACAUGAGUUCCACAUCCGCUCUGGAGAAAGACGACACCGCGCGUUCGAAUCGGAGUGCAGUUAGUCGGGAAUUACUAUUCAAAUUUCUGAUCGUUGGAGAUUACGGCGUUGGUAAGACGGCAAUCGUUCGGAGAUACACGGAAGGACAGUUUUCGUCAAAUUACAAGAUAACUAUUGGAGCCGAUUUCUCAAUCAAAUCCUUGCAAUGGGACGAACAGACGAAGAUAAACCUACAGCUCUGGGACAUUGCAGGACAUGAGCGGUUUGGUUAUAUGACUCGAGUUUACUACAAAUACGCAGUUGCUGCUGCAGUAGUAUUUGAUGUAUCCCGCAUCCAGACUUUUCAGUCUGUCUCAAAGUGGUUGAGCGAUCUGAGAGAGAAGGUGACACUGCACGAUGGUACGCCUGUUCCCGUGGUCCUACUGGCCAACAAGUGUGAUAUUCAAGGCAUCGACAUUGCUACUGACACCAUUGUGAGGUUCUGCAGUGACAAUAAAAUUGAAGCUUGGUUUGUCACCUCUGCCAAAGAAAAUAUUAACAUUGAAGAAGCAAUGACAUUCCUGGUCGACAAAGUGAUCCACUUCAAAGCUCAGGAAACCAACAAUGAUGCCAUAAUGCUGCAAGAAACUAGACCCCAGAAUAAUAAAUAUAAGGCUUCAUGUUGUGGGUAAUCAAAAUAGUGGUUUGUGUAAUGACAGACUUUUACAACUUUUUUAAGUUUUCCAUGCUGCAUGCUAACAUGUGGCAUCUGAAUAGUGUUAUAUUGGAGCAGAUUUUUCCUUUGUAAAGGAGAUAUUUUUUAACUUGAUUCAUAGCAAGUGCAGCAUUAUUAAGAAUUUACCAUUAACUUUUCAGCAGUGAGAAAGGAGCCUGACAUUUUUGUGUGUUAUAGAUGAAUGAUUUCUGUGCUUUAUGGUUCUCUCAUAUAACCUGUACUAGACAGCAGAUGAAAGUCCAGGGUAUUAACUUAACUGUUAUCAGAAUAUGUUGAUAUUCUUUAAGAAUAAGUAAUUUUCUUGGCUGUAUGAUAAAGGCUCCAGGGGGAAGAGAAAAUUAAUGGGCAAAAUUUUGUAAAUUAACUGCACCGUACAGAGCUGUACCUGAUCUUGAAAUGGGUACAAUGAAUAGAUUUAUAAUUUAGAAGCAUGCUGCUAUUUUAGGAAUCCUUUGGAAAUAAAAUCUUCUGUUCAACAUACAAAUAUGCCAGACAUAAUUUGCAGCACAGAAAAAAUAUAAGAUAUUGGUGCUUUAAUAUUUUACUUAGACUGUGAUCACACUUUAUUUCCAGGUAGAUAUUUUUUACAUGUAUAUAUUCAAAUAGAUUAGUGUAUUUAAAUUUGGGGCAUAUGAAUCUGCAGAAUUAGUUAUGCAGGUUGAAUAUGCUGAAAGUACUGGAAAUAUAAAUGAAAAGUACUGUAAUGCAGUUGAUUAUUCUCUGCAUUUGAGUGUCAUAGUUUGUGCUUUCUUCUAAUUACAACUUCAUUUAAUCUUAUACCAUAAUUUAUCCCUGUAUUGCAUUCUUUUAUUGAGCCCCCAUUGCAUUGUUUAAUUUUUUACUCCAUUCUCUUUCUCUCAUGUUUCUGUUUUUGUCUCUUCAUUUUAUGAGCCUGUGCCAGCAGUACUUUGAUCAGAAGACAUGCUGCUCAGGUAUAAGAAAUAAUUGAAUUCUCAUGUAUGGGCAGACAUUACCACAUUACAUUUCAUCUUUAAUUUAAUACUUCAUUAUAGAUAUAAACAAUUAUGUAAUAAACUCACUUGCCUUAGGUGCAGUAAAUAAUUCAUAGAAUUGUGAUAAGAUUGUUGCUGGGUGAAUACUUGUAAUUUAGAUUUUGUCAUAUAUAAUGUAUUUGGAUACCAUCUUCUCACUCUGGAUACCCAUGUUCAGUCCCUGCACAGGUCUGUCCAAGAACAUGGUAAUGAUGGAAAUACACAUAAGAAAGAAAAUCAUAAACUUUUUGCUGUUGAAGUGUCCUGGAACAUUUACCAUAACAGUAAAAAAGUGAUUUUACUUUAAGUGUACACAAAUUAUUAUUAUUAUACACUUUGCUUCUUUAAUCAGUUAGUUUUAUUUGACAGAGAGUCAUAAUAUGUUACACAACAACUGAAUACUUGAAAUUCAUACUUCUGCCUUUAGACGUCAGAUGCAUGGAGUAUAUGAUGUGUAAGGGCUUGUAACUUUACUCCAGGCACAACAAAACAAAAAUAAAUCAGUUCUGGAAUUUUCUUCACCAUCUAUCAUUUACUUUAAAUGUUUCAGGGUGAAAAGAUAAUUUGGCUAAUAUUGAAAAAUGUGUUUCAUUAAAUUCAUCAUAACCGUG